AUGACAAUCUGCAAGAAGACUAAAAUGAAACUAAAACUAUCUGCUAUAGAGAAGUAUUUUUUUCAGAGAAGUCAAUUGAAUUUGCAUUCAUGUUUCUACGUUGGAAUCAAACUCAAUGAACUUCCUGAGAAAGGGCAAAUUAUAACAGCUCUUAAAUCUACUGUGGCCAAACAUGAGCGUUUAACUUUUAAUUUGAUUUACGACAAGCUAAACAAUGAACAUUACUUACAGAACGCUGCCGAGCCAUUUGUGUUCGGUGACGUGGUGGCAUAUCACCACGAUUGGGACCACCUGAAAGAAACCGAAAUCAAUCACAUCUUUCAAGAACACAACUUUCCAUAUAGCGAGCACAAACCCUUAUGGAAAAUUCUGAUCAUUCCCAGUCAAAAUCAAAUGUUGUUGAUGACAGAUCACGUGCUCAUGGAUGGAAUGUCAGCUGUCCAUGUUUGGGAAACCUUUAUGGAGGGAUUACAAAAGCAGGGGCCAGUAGGUGUUGACGAAACGAUCUAUUCACCUUUAUCAGGUUCAUCGGCAGACCAAAUAAUAUCAAUUCCUCCGUACGAAAACUGGCCCAUACCUUGGAAAUGGCAUAUAGUACGCCAAUUGGCUAGCAGGCUAUAUUACUGGUUCCCGCAAGCAAUUGUAACCAACAAUAAAAACUUAAUUCAGUUUACUAAAUACUCAUUUCCAAAAGACCUAUUGGAUGCCAAGCCAACCGAGGAAAACGACUUAUAUAAGGUGAAAAAUACGAACCGCCAAUGGGAAUUUCAGCUAUUACCAGCACAUCUUGAAAGCGUGAUACAAGAAUGCAGGACCAAUAAUACUUCCUUAACUUCCCUUUUAGGCGCCCUGGUAUGUUCAAGUUUCGAAAAAACAGCUAGAGGUGAUUAUAACGGAGAAUUCUUGAAAAUUGAAUUGCCAAUGAAUACUAGAAAUUCUUGUAAAGAAGUCUUACAACUACAGUCGGACGAUGAACUCGCGAUAGGGAAUUUUAUCGCAAACAUUGAAUUCAGGCAUGAACUGCACCAAGACCUUGGAAUAUGGCACAUCGCUUCUCAAAUUCAAGACGUUAUCAAAACCAGUUCCAAGGACAAAAUUACAGAUAAAGUUAACGAAAUUAAGUUGCUCGAGGUUGUCUCUCCUCAAAAGUUCAUAGAAGAUAAAGUAAAUUUGAACGAUGGUCCUUCUUCUACUUUUGAGGUAACAAAUUUAGGACUUCAAGCAUUCAAAAAUGCGUGCGAUACCAAUUUACCGUUCCAUAUCGUGAAUGCUACGUUCAAUGAGCCGCAAGGUAUAUCUGCUAUAAUCACAUUAAGUGUGAUCUCUACUCCCGCUGGUGGACUGAAUUGUUGCAUCAGUUAUCCGAACACGCUAACCAAAGAAUUGGAGCCUAAUUGGAAAUAUAUAAAAGAAUACUUCAAUUUAUAA